AUGAGUCUCGCUGAAGAGUUUGAAGAACUUGAUACUGAUCACAAUGGUCUCAUCAACUACAACGAGUUUUUAAAUGCAUUUAAAGAUAACAAAGAUGAAAAAGUUGAUGAUGAACACUUAAAAAUGGUGUUUGACAUGGCAAACAUAGAAGUAAAAGGGUUUUUGACCUCGAAUGAGUUUUUCCGUGUAAUGACUAACCUUGAUGAAGUUGAGGAAAAAUCUGAUAGAUCUGGAACCCUUGAAAUUAAUGAAUUGGCCAGAUUCAUGAGAGUCUUGAAAACUGAAUUAAAUGAAGAAGAAUUGAAGACGGCUUUGGCGGCAAUGGAUAGUGAUGGAGAUGGUAAAGUCGAUUUAGAAGAUACACUCAAAUUUUUCUUGAGUGACAAUCAAUGA